UGCAAUACCUGUACUAUACUUUGGACGUGGGCAUGGCAGCAUGGCGGGGGUUAUAAGAGUGCACGUCUAUCCAUAUCUCGACAUUGUCAUGCCUGAAGACUAGAUUCCAAAACUCGUCGUCGCAAUUGAAUAGCCCCACACGUGAUGGCUAGCCUGCCUGGACCCUGCCAAGCAUCGAUGUCAUGGCCUGAGAUGUUGCGACGAACUUUCUUUAUCAAAACAACGCCAAAACUCGCAGUUCGCUGAUUCCUCACACCGCGCAAGCCAGCCCUCCCACCGAUAUAUCCUGGCACUUCAAAUCCACCAAAUCGCCGAGCGAUAUCCUCCGCCAUGGCCGCGGGCGGCUUCAAAAUGUCGCUGGGCGGCCUGAAGACGAAGCCGGGCCUCAAGGGUGCCGGUCUGAAAGGCGGCCUGAAGGACCCUGCGAAGCCCAAGAAAGCACUCCUCGGCGACGACGAGCCAGAAGACACCAACAAAGUGCAGGAAAUCGCCGCCUUCGAUGCGGCACAAGGCGGCGCAAUCGACGUCAACGGGCCCCCGGAGAAAAACGGCCCGCUCGUUAUUCCCUCGCUGCCGAACCGCAACUGGCGCGAGGAGGCGCGAAAGCGGCAGCUGCAGAAAGCGCCGCACACGAAGCAGAGCGGCGAGGACGUGGUCAUGGAGGAGCCGGAGAAGGAAGUUGUGUUUGGGCUGACUGUUCCUGCAAAAGCCGAAGCGCAAGACAGCGGCGCCGCAGAGGCAGAGACAAUGGACGUCGACGCCCGGGGGCAAGAUGGAGAGGCGCUGACGGACGCGCAACGCCUCGAGAAGGCCGCGCUCGAGCACCUGCUCAACGGCAAGAGCACCGACACGCAGCGCGUCGUGCCUGCCAUCACCGACGAGCAGGCGCUCGCAAACGACCUGCAAGACGCGCCGUCGGAGCCGGACCUCGACGCCUACGAAGCGACGCCGAUCGAAGGCUUCGGCCUCGCCAUGCUGCGCGGCAUGGGCUGGAAAGACAGCGACGGCGACUCGCGGACCGGCACGCCCGCCAAAGCACCCAAGGAGGUCAAGCGCCGCCCGGCGCUACUGGGCAUCGGCGCCAAAGAGGAUGCAGCCAAGGACGUCGAGCUGGGCGAGUUCAACAGCAAGGCGCGACCGAAGAAGGGCCAGAAGGACGCACCCGCGGGAUACCACCCGGUGACGCUGCGCAACAAGAAAACGGGCGAGGUCAUCACCGAGGAGGCGUUGAAGCGCAAGCUGGAGAGUCAGGACAGUGUGCCGGACGAGGCGCGCCGGCACGACGACGGCGACGAACCUGAUCGGAAGCGUCGCAGAAGGGAGGCUGGUGACCGAGAGCGCGACACACGCCGAGACUACGACAGCGAUAGGCGGCGAGGCGACCACGACAGCGACAGGCGGCGCGAGAAACGCCGCGACCGCAGCAGAAGCCCGCGCUCCCCCGCGCCCCGCCAUCGCCACCGCAGCCAAGACGCAAAGGACCGGCGCAGUCGACGGGACCGGAGUCGAAGUCGGAGUCGAGACGGCGAGAGACGGCGACGACGACAGCGAGCGACGGAGACGGGACAAAGAUCGUACGAGGGAGAGGCGGUAGAUAGCUAGCUAGCGAUAGCACCAUCUACGACUAUUUCGAUGUUGUGUCGUCUAUUCGCUCGUUCAUUCA